CAAUGAAAUAAAUAAAGUUUUUGUCAUUUAUUAGAAUGUCUCUGAACAAGUGUGUUGUAAUCUUAAUUUUAAUCAAUUUUUAUCCAAUUGUUUGUCAGGAUGUUGAGAUUUCAUCCACGGAAGGAUCAUCAACAGUGUCUUCGACUGUGGCCAUAAGUACUUCGACUGAUGCAAUAUCCUCUACUCCGGCAUUUAAUGUCACAGUUUUUCCAACUCUUUAUUGUCAAACAUCAGGUUUGAAUGGGACUAUGGCAAACCCAUCAGAUACAACGUGCAAAACGUUAGUCAUAAAACACACAAUACCUUCGAUGCAUCCCCCAAAUCAAAGGAGGUGUCUACGUUGGAGUAGUUGGAAUGAUAUACCGAUGUCCAGGAAGAACCUAUUUCAAUGCUCUAUUAGUGCAAUGUGGACUUUCAAAUAGUUGUGUACAAUAAAAUACACUUUAUUUAAUCGCACAUUUUCACUUUCUCUUGUUUGAUCAACAGGUGUUUUAUUUACGAAAUACCAUGCAAUGUUAAGUUUAAAUACAUAGAAUAUGAAACAUUACAUCUAAAAAUAGUUUAGCACGAAAUUAGCAUUUCAUGAAUUAUGCUGACAGAAAAAAUUACGUGAAACAAUAGAGUCGAGAAUUUUGAAAAAAAAAAAUAAUCAAUAUCAUUCUACUCUCCAUUCACCAUAUAUAUGCAUUCCAUUAAAUUACCUUUCGAUCGUAUUUUAUUAAUGGAAAUUGCAUGCGGCACGAGCCGCAACCAACACAACGAAAUACGACAAAGUUUCACACAUAGUUCCGAUAGUACUACCUACUUAGUCCCCAUGAUUUAACAAUACAUUCCUAGUAGAUAGGUACUCUAUUGGUAUUUGUUCAUGCUUAUAAAUAUUGAAUGCAUGAAACGUGAAUAUUAGUCGGUACCUACAACUGUAACACAAAAAAGUUAUUUCAUUGUUUGCGCCUUUGCGGGACGAUAAAAAUAUAAAGACAUUCAGUUGUUUUUCGUAUUUCGUCCUGGAAAUUUCAUCAUAUAAUCGACCGGGGAAAUUUUUUCUAUAAAAUGGAUUAAUAUCAUAUUCAUUAGUGCAAUAAAGUCAUUUAAUCAAUUGAAUAUGUGUUAGUGGACGUGCGGCGACACUGUAAAGUGUGAAUCAGAUCGUUGUUAAUCAUUUGACACGCAGAUACAGUAUAUACAAUCGAAAUAAUUAUUAUUGUCGAUAAGGGAAAAUAAUUUGAUAAAUUAAGUAUGUGUCGAAAGCCAAUUGAGCAAAAAUGGAAAAUUAAGUAGCAGUAUUUCAAUCAAAAUCGCACCGAUUAUUGCAUUAUCCUUUCAAUUUAUUAGAAAUAAUGUUGUUAUUUAUUUCUUUCUGUGUAGUUGAAAAUAAAACAGCUAUAGGUAAGAUGGCUCAUAUAAUCGCGGACGAAGUACGUGUUCUGCAAAAAAUUGAGGUGCAUACGAACGACGUUACUUGUAUGCAAUUUCAUGGAACCAACAUUCUCUGCACUGGCUCUGGAGACAAAACCAUUCGUGUGUUCAAAUGGAGGUCCGGUGAUGGAUUUGUCGAAGAACCCUUUUCUCCACUUCGAACCAAAAUGUGGGUGACUGAUAUGAAAAUUUCACCAAAGGGAGGAGUUCUUGCAAGCACUUCAGUGGAUGGUCAGUUAAUACUUUGGGACAUUCAAAAUGGAGAACAACAAGAUAUAUUAUUCCAGAAUAACAAUGAGUCUAUUCGAACAUGUGCCUUCAGUCCGAACGGCGAUGUAAUUGUCACAGGUGACGAUGCUGGUCACAUAUGCAUUUGGGGACAAUCUAGAACGAUUGUCGAAGAUAUUAAAUUUCACGAGGAAAGUAUUACUACCCUAGCUUUUUCUCAAGAUUCUGCCAUCAUGUUGAGUGCCUGCAGUCAGGGGAAUAUUCGGAUGUAUGACGUAGAUAAAGGAUUCAAAGAUCUUCAGCCCGUUUGUUCGCUUGAUAGCGUCCAUGAUUUAGGCGUGACAUCCGCUGAUUUUUGUUCUGUUACUCACACUGACCCUUCGGACAAUCUUACGCGAUGCUAUACAUUUGCAAGUUGCGGUACCGAUCAGUUGUUAAAAAUUUGGCGAAUUUAUUAUACUGGUCAUGCUAGAAGUAAUGAUGGCGGCAAAUUUGUAGUUUCACGUCUGAUACCUAAAUCACUUCAAGAGCAUUUGUGUGGAUCAGCUGCCAUUUACCCUACAGAAAUAAUGAAUGCGGAGUGCGUUUUAUCGGUACAGGCACACGGGAGCUCAGUGACGUAUCUUAAAUUUAAUGCGGCAGGAACCUUAUUGUUCACUUGUGGAAUGGAUAAAGCAGUUAAAGUGUGGAAUUUACAAGGAAAUUGUCUGAGAACAUUAGGAGAACAUACCAGAUAUGUAAAUACUAUUGCCAUUAACUUUGACUGUAGUUUAGUAGCAUCCGGCAGUAAUGAUAGAACUGUUUUAAUAUGGGACAUAUCCGGGCAAUUAACUAAGGAAUCAAAUUUAAGCAGUUUGAGGCAGUUGUUAUUCAAGUUCGCAUCAAACCAAGGUGAAGUUCCCAUCGAGUAUUUGUGCCCAAUAACGCAUGAAAUCAUGAAAGACCCCGUAAUUGUCGAGGAUGGCUUCAACUAUGAACGAUCUGCCAUAGAGCAGUGGCUCAGUAUGAAACAAACUUCACCAAUGACCAAUUUAGAACUUGCGACCACUGAAACGAUUGAAAAUGUUGUGUUACGAGGAAAGAUUGAAAAAUAUCUUUUAGCCCUAGAUUUGGAUGUUUUUCAACAAUAAACUAUUAUCAUUAUCCAUUCCUGUAUGCAUUAAGACAUUGAUGACAUUGUUUUGAAAUAUACAAAAGUGAAAAGCGUG